AUGCCCGAUAAUCGUACCCGUUUCGCACAAAGUAAAAGCACUUUUUCCAGUGAGCCCUAUGUAGCAAAACCAAUGGUGAUUAGCAUUGCCGAUCCACAAAAGCACACAGAAGGUGCUCAGGGAACUUUUAUUACCUACCUUAUCACUACUACAACCACACUCGAUACCUUUGCUUCGUCUCACCCCAGAUCUGUGCGGCGGAGAUUUCAAGACUUUGUAUGGCUGCAUAAUGCUCUGUUACUGGAGUUUCCAGCAUGCAUCGUGCCACCUUUGCCUGAAAAACAUCGUCUAGAAUAUAUCAAGGGUGAUCGGUUCGGCUCCGAGUUUAUUGACAGACGGAAAAUAAGUCUACAAUGGUUUUUGAAUCGGAUAGCUCGCCAUCCAGAAGUACAACGAUCCCAAUUUGUUCGCAUAUUUCUUGAAUCAGGAGAUUUUGUAUGUAUCAAAAAACCUGAUGAACGAUUUGUAAAUAUGAAGGAUACGGUUGAUAAAUUGGAAGACAAUCUCAACACAGUAGAACGCCUUUAUUCAAGGAUUGGCAAGCGGCAGAGUGAUUUACAGCAAGAUUACAGUGGUUUUGCAGAAAGCAUUCAAGGGCUUUCAACAUUGGAAACCAGUAUAUCAAAGCAACUACGAGGAUUUGCUGAUACUACCAAGGCAUAUGAAAAGGCGAUGAACGAGAUGAUACAUGAUGAAGAUCUUUUGUUUCUGAACGACGUACAUGAAUUGCUAGCGUAUUGUCAUGCAGCCAAGGCUACACUGAGAGCAAGGGAUCAAAAACAGGUGGAUUUUGAAGAACUAUCAGCGUACCUUCACCGAACGAUCCAGGAGUGCGAACGAACAAAAUAUCCUGGACGCAAUACGGAUGGUGGCUUGAAUAUCAGUGAGAUCGUGACUGAUAAGAUCAAUGAAGUUCGAGGCAUCGAUAUGCAGCGUUCCAGAAGAGAAAAAUUGGCUCGGUUGGAGCGAAAAUUGGAAACAGAAGUUGCACGGGCAAAUGAUGUCUCGAACGCCUUUAAUGAUCAAGUCAUCAAGGAAUAUGAAGUGUUCCAACAAACCAAAACGGAAGAACUGAAGCAAGGCCUCGCUGCUUAUGCUGACUCUCAUAUAAAGUUUUUUGCAACGGGUGUCUCUAUAUGGGAAAGCAUUCUACCAACAUUGGAGAGUAUACACAUAGAGGAGGACACGUCAGCAGAUGAUGACGAACCAGAAGGGUCGAAUUAG